GUAGCAAGAGGUCAAACCCCCUGUCCGAGGUGAACUAUCACUUACCCCGGUGACCAACUCGGUGUACUGACAAACAUAUAGGCAAGUCCAGCAGGCUUGGACCAGCACACAGUGAGUGCCCCUGCCGGCUCACCUUCUGUCAUGCGUCGGGCGAACGCGUCGGGCAACAGUGGUAUACCCUCAGGAGUGCACAGCCCUUCCCUUCGCGCCGAGACAGCCCGCCAAUGGAUGCCGUACCACGUCCGCAGCGAGGUGAAGUCGCGCAGCGUUCUGUGCUCCCCUCCCAUGUUCGCCCACGCUCCGAGACGCUUCCAAGUGGCGACCUCAUUGGGCGCUCCCCGCAUACCAAGUCCCGGGUCCGGGCAGCAUCCACUGCGCAGCUUUCAGGCUCGUUCCAUCGUCAUGCUCGCCCGCGGCUCGCGUCCCUGGUGAUCACGCCUUCGCUCGCCCCAGCCGUCUUACAUAUUGCACAAGACGAGACAGAGACACUGGGCUCUUUCGCACCGACCAACCCGUCUAGCCUUUCGCUACGGUCCCUGCUUCGCCCAGAGUCUCUGUCAUCCGUUACCACGCGCACAUCUCGUCAUUUCGGUCCAGAUCACGCCGAUGACGAGAGUCCAGUCGAAUUCCACGGCUCCUCUUUGCGCCAUUCGCCGUCACCUUCGAAUUCCCCAACCAUUCCAUCUAUAUGUCGCACCCCUUCUUCCUACACAGGUUCCGACUACUUUCCUACUGCCCCCUCAUCCGCCGGUCCGGCGACUCCUGCGCGCGAACUCUCACCACCGCCUAUUCUUAGACAAAAGCCGCUGCCGCUGCACCCAGUGCUGGAGUCGCUUGAGGAUCAGUCGAGGUUCUGCGUCACGACAGCCUGCGCGAACUGUCACAAAAUGGGGAACAACUUCCCUUGCUGCCCUAGAUGCGGCGAGAUGUGGUGUUCGAGAGAGUGCAGGUUGCAGAGUAAUGGCGGGAAGAGGCAUCUUUGCAGGAAGAAUUAAUUGAGCUGUUUUGUCGUGCUAUCUAGCUUCAUUUGUCUCCACGUAGAUGUGCCUCUGUUCUGCACCUAGAUUCGCACUUCAUACCAAUGUACUGCUUGGCGUUAAGUACCCUGGGCUUUGGCGAUGAUUCAAUACACUUGCGUCACCUCUGCAUACGUU